AUGACUAUCAAAAUAUUAAGCCCAAGCCUUUUAUUUUUACUCGCCUUUCAUCAUUGCUCAUCACGGCCAUGCGUUGACCCACUGGUGUCUCCUCUUUAUGCCUCCUCUUUCUUGGCCUCCUCCAGAUAUAACUUCUUGUAUUCUGCAAAUUUUGCCAAACUCUAUGGAAGCAGUGGUUGGUCGCCAUCUCCUCGGGACAGGCAGCCCUGGUUACAGAUUGAUCUCAGGAGAAAGUAUCGAAUCGUUGCCAUAGCAACCCAGGGAACAUUCAACUCCUACGACUGGGUCACCAAGUACAUGCUCCUUUACGGUGACCGGCCUGACUCAUGGACCCCUUACGUAAUGAGAGGAGGCAACAUGACCUUGCCAGGUAACUGGAACUAUUACCAGGUGAAGAGGAAUGUAUUUCAUUACCCAUUCACUGCCAAACAUCUGCGCUUCCUGCCUAUGGGCUGGAACACUGAGGAGGGGGGAAAGAUCGGCGUGCGACUUGAAGUCUACGGGUGUGCCUAUGACUCCUACGUCAUGCAUUUCGAGGGGGACGAUAUGGUGGCGUACUCGUUUCCACGGGGAAGGUUCCGGACACUGCAGGACCACUUUGCGCUGAACUUUAAGACGCUGGAGAAGGAUGGGGUGCUCCUACAUAGUGAGGGUUUACAGGGAGAUGUCCUCACCCUGGAGCUGAAGGGGGGCAGACUCUACCUACACAUGAGCCUAGGAAGCAGUACAGUUCAUCAGACCAAUGGGAUGACCACAGCAAGACUUGGUAACCUGUUGGACACCCAGCAUUGGCAUUAUGUGACCAUCAAACGCCACGGCCGAGAGGUUAACUUCACACUGGACAGCCAGACCGAGACCGUUAUCCUGAAUGGGGAAUUCAACUAUCUAGAUUUAGACAAGCAGUUAUAUGUAGGAGGAGUGAUCGAGAAAGACUUGCCCCACCUCCCUGGAAAGGUCAACUUCCGUGGCUGCAUGGAGAAUGUUUUCAUCAAUGGAGUCAACGUCAUCUUAAUGACUCAGAACCAGGAACCGGAGGUCCGGCUGGCUCCGAAAAAGAAAAAGAUGCACUAUACCUGCAGAGAUCUGCUCUGGAAGCCAAUGACCUUCGCUGGGCCGAACAACUACCUCCAGGUGCCUGGAUUCUUCCGCAAGAAUCGAUUGGCAGUGAAGUUCAAGUUCCGCUCAUGGGACACCACAGGUCUGCUGAUGUUCACCCGUUUUGCUGAUGACCUGGGGUCUCUAGAACUAGGCCUCAGCGAGGGACAAGUCAAUGUCACACUCAUGCAACCUGGAAACAAGAGACUACGCUUUGCUGCUGGGUAUCGCUUAAAUGAUGGUUUCUGGCACACUGUUGAUCUGGCGGCCAAGGACAACUUGCUAACCCUAACUAUCGACGAGGAUGAAGGCUCACCGCUAAAGAUCACGAAUCCGUUCAUGGUACGGACCGGAGACCGCUAUUUCUUUGGAGGUUGUCCUAAAACCAAUAACACGGCGCCUUGCGUGACAAAGCUGAACACGUUUCACGGCUGCAUGCAGCAGAUCUUCAUCGAUGAUGAGCCUGUGGAUAUUGACGUCAUGCUGCAGAGACGAUGGGGCAGAUACACAGAGUUACUGCUGGGCACCUGCGGUAUCACAGACAGAUGUUCUCCAAACCCUUGUGAACAUGAAGGCAGAUGUAUCCAGUCCUGGAAUGAUUUUCUGUGCGUUUGUAACAACACAGGUUACAAAGGGGAGGUCUGUCACAACUCUGUCUAUAGGGAGUCCUGUGAAGCAUACAGACUUAAUGGGAAGUACUGGUCAGGUAACUACACCAUAGAUCCAGACCUGAGCGGACCACUGAAGCCUUUUACAGUCUACUGCAAGAUGAAGAUGUGGAAAUCAUGGACCAUCAUUGACCACAACCGCAUGGGCGCCACCAAAGUGAUUGGCUCCACCGUGGACCGCCCCUUUAUAGCCGACGUCCAAUACGUGAACGCCUCCUGGGACGAAGUCACUGCCUUAGCCAAUACAUCCUUGUACUGUGAACAGUGGAUCGAUUUCUCGUGCUACAAAUCCCGCCUCCUCAACACGCAAAAUGGAAGGCCAUUUACCUACUGGGUGGGUCGACACAACGAGAGUCAUGAAUAUUGGGGCGGAGCUUUUCCCGAGAGCAAGAAGUGUGGCUGUGCCAUCAAUCAGACCUGCACUGACUCCAAAUUCCAGUGCAACUGUGACGCAGAUUACCGCCAAUGGUACUCUGAUAAAGGCUACCUGAUGUUCCGAGACCACCUGCCAGUCAGAAGAGUUGUCAUUGGCGACACCAAUCGCACAGGCUCAGAGGCCCAGAUCAGCCUUGGGCCCCUGCGUUGCUACGGAGACCGAAGUAUCUGGAAUACCAUUGCUUUUACAAAGCCCAUCUAUCUGACUUUUCCCACCUUUAAACCUGGAACCAGUGCCGACAUCACCUUCCACUUCAAGACCUAUCGCACCAAUGGAGUAUUCAUAGAAAACUCUGACGACCACUUACGCAACUUCAUUCGGGUGGAGCUAAACUCCACCACCGAGGUGGUCUUCGUCUUCAUGGUGGGGGACGGGAUCCGAAACGUCACGUUGCGUUCUCCCCGUCCCUUAAACGAUAACGAGUGGCAUUACGUAGAGGCGGAGAUCAACGUCAAGAGGGCGCGGCUCAAAGUGGACUUCCUGCCACCAGCCAUUCACAAGUUCCCUAUGCAGACUUACAUCACCAUGAAGUUCACCCAGCCUCUCCUCGUAGGUGCCGCUAACCACACGCUAAGGCCGUUCCUGGGCUGUCUGCGCGGUUUGCGGCUGAACGGUGUCCCCGUUGACCUUGAGGGCAAGGUGGACGAGAGGCUGGGGAUUCGUCGGAACUGCACAGGGGCGUGUCUGAACGCGAGCAUACCGUGUCGAAACGGCGGUCAGUGCAUCGACGGCUACGCUUCGUACACCUGCGACUGCAACAACACGGCUUUUGACGGUUUCUACUGUCACAAAGACAUCGGCGCGUUCUUUGACUACGGCGCUUGGCUUCGUUACGACAUCCGCAAGGAGCCUAUCUCGGAGGACGCGUGGUGGGCGAACUUCUGGAUUGACCCGCACUGGCAUAAUUACACCCUGGGCUACAAUUCCACCACGGACGACAUCGAGUUCAGCUUUAGCACGAGGGACACUCCCGCGGUGCUCCUCUACAUCAGCUCCUUCUACAAGGACUAUAUCGCCGUCCUCCUCAAGAGAGACGGUAGCCUAUCGCUGAGGUAUCGUUUGGGUCACUUUAAUAAGAAGAUACAGUUGACCAAUAGGAACCUGGCUGAUGGUUUGCCGCAUUUUGUCAACAUCACCAGGCACAACUACACCGUGUGGACCCAGGUGGAUUACAUGGAGCCCUGGAUUGAGACGCUCACCUUGGGGGAGAUUCCCAGAUUUGAUUCCCCCAAAUCCAUAUUCCUUGGAAGAGUCAUGGAGGUUGGCGACAUUGAGUACGAUAUCCAGAACCAUAAUAGCCCCGGUCUGUAUGGUUGUAUAUCUGGGGUCCGUUACAACAUCUUUGCACCCCUGAAGGCCUACCUCCGCCCCAAUGUGACCAACCCCCCUGUUGUCACGCAGGGCUAUGUGGUGGAGUCCAACUGUGGAGCGUUUCCUCCUGUCUUAGGUUAUGUCCCCUGGGAAGCUGAUCCCUGGUUCACUGGCCUGUUUUUCUACUACAUUCACGAUGAUGUGACUCCGCCUUGGAUGACAUUGAUCGUCACCAUUUCCCUGGCUCUACUGUUUCUCAUUCUCUACGGCCUGUACAUUUACCUGUACAGGUAUAAAGGUAGUUACCAUACCAACGAACCCAAAAACCUGGAGUCACCCAGCUCUUCACGACCCCUCACGGAAACCCUGCGCAAAGAGAAGAAGAACCUUCCGGAAAUACAGGAGGAGGGCCCCAGCGACUAG